CUGCGCCGCUGUAUUUACUGUGUUCACGCACAGCUGAUUCACAGUGGAGUAAAAACGUAGGUUAUAAUCUGCGAUCAAGUUAAGCUUUUUGAAGGAGACUUUCCGCGUCUUGCAGUUUAUUUAUGUGGCUCGAGAGAGAAGUUUUUCUUCUGUACGAUCCGGAUUAAACGUGACCGAUAAUGGCUCGUUGUUCGGAUUGACUGUGGCCGUACAUACCAUCAUGGUUUUCACAUUGUGCUGCAAUUCUGUUUACAUGUGUCUUCCUUUUAUUCGCGACACCCUACUGAAAACGGUUGGAGGGAUAAUUUAGCUCGAAUUAUUCCGCACUCGAGUAUCUGGAUUGCUCGAUCUCGAUUUAUAAUGUACAAGAUUCUGUAUUCUACGUGCGCAUCCAUACGGCAAACUCUUAUUCGUUAAUUCAAACGCCGUCCCUCAGUGCGAUACAAUGAAUAAUCUUACUGGGCAGUUCCGCAAGACGACAUGGGAUCCCAUUCUCAUAAUUUCCCAGAUAAUCGCCGUGCAGACCGUCAUGUACUUCUGCUUUGGAUUCUGGAUUUGGAUCGUCUCGUCGAUCCUGGGCUCGACGAAAUCGUUGGACUACGCUUUCCAGUACAAAGAGAUACACGUCCGCGACUUUGGGGGACAAUUAGUUAUCGUUAUGUUUGUUCUGAACGCACUUGUGGGUGCGUUCGCAUUAUGGUGGCUAGUGCAAAGAACGAAACUGUGCAUGGACUUUGCAUGUACGGCUCACUGCAUUCACCUGAUCUGUUGCUGGGUGUAUAACGGGACUUAUCCGACGUCUUUCAGCUGGUGGUGUUUGAAUCUGGUGUCGUUAUGCAUAAUGUGCGUCUGCGGAGAAUUCCUCUGUAUGAGAACGGAACUGCAAGCGAUACCGUUGAGCAUGAAUAGCCAAAAAACAGCCUUAUGAGAUGACAAACUCAAAUAAGACUUGCGAGAUAAAACAUAAAUAAAAUCUUUUACAACAAAUGUAUAUUCCUAUUGCCAACGUUGAGAUUUCUUUUAAAUUUUGGCAAAACUCUUAUUUAGUCCCUAAUGUGUGCUUCUAAAAGAAUAUUUUUAUAAAUAAACGCAACCUUCGAAAACUGAGA